UUCGUGUUGGAACGCGUCUGACUAGGAGAUGGACGCGUCGAUGCUCAUGUGAGUCAUUCGUAGGUCGCACUCGGAAGGCUCGCGACAGCAGGAAAAGAGGGAAGAGGACAUGUAGGCCUGUCUCAGGGUCACGAAGCCAGGAAGAAGCACCCCGGACGGACAAGCAUGAGGAAAAGUCUUGGCAUCCGUCCGCAAGUGGCGAGCGCGCAAGCUGUUCGUGUGGUUUAUUGCCUCGUGCUAGCCACAGACCCAGUUUUCAUAUCGGAGAAGUGGGCUGCACUGGGGCGCCGAUGCCUGGUGAACCCGUAUUAUUCCUGCUAGCACCUUUUUGAGCUUUCUUCCUUCCUCAGAAAGAGAGAGACGUACACUCCGUAUACGUCUUCUUUCUGCCAAGUUUUUUUCUCGCUGAGACACGGCAGGCUUCCGCGUUCUUUGUAGAUCUCGCGAGGGAACAAGCGGACACGCGGCGGCGCGCAACUAGCUCGAUGCUCUCGCUUCCUGCUGACUGCCUCGACGCUGGUCCUUUUUCACAAUUCCCCCGAAGUUAGCGUCGUUCUUUGUUGUGGUACAGACCACUCCACUCAAUUCCGUUUUCAGGAGUAGUUUUUCCCGACUGCGCUCACCAGAAAUCCUUUUUUCCUGACGUUGGCCACUGGCACGCAGAGAGCCGUCCGUCUGCCUCGUGUCCCCUGUCAAGACCUGCACAGGGACAAGACCUGAGAAGCGAGGUCGAAAGGACAGGUCUGGGAGGUGUGGUCCGACCGGGAAUAAAGCGUUUCUCUGUCUUCGUGUCUCUUUCGGAACGUUCUCGACCUCUGUUUGAUGCUUUUUCUGUCUGCAAUUGCCGUUGUGAGGAGCGCAUAGAGAGGAGGCGCGGACGGCUUCCAGCGCUCGCUACUGCUCUAUCCGACUCUUGUCAGCUGUAACUCAAAGAGCGCUUUCCUCAUCCCUCAGUUUUUGUAUGACUCUUCACCGGUAAACAUUUGAAAUCUUCCCAGAUUCUUCGUAAGGCAGAGAGUUUCAACCUCGGUUUUGCUUGGCGGUAGACAGCUCAACCACCUCAAGAGCCACUCGUGUGCCACACGCCACGACCUCGCCUGAACUUUGACGUUCUUUGCUGACAAUAUGCUGUCGACUUUUUCCAAGCUCUUCUCGGGCUCUAAAGAAGAGUCUGGAAAGACUUCUUCUGGCUCAGAACAUGCCCAACAGUCGGAAGGGAACACCGCUGCCGUGCAGCCCCUUGACCCCGCAAGCCCCGAGUGGCUCAGUUACUACGCUCAAGUGGCGCCUCCGGAAAUCGGUAGGUGGGUGAAUCCGAAGGAUGGGUCUGGUGCAAUUCCAUACGAGAGACUUAUUGAGAACCUAAACACCCUGAACAUCCCCGCGUUCGCGAUGAAAGCGUUCUCUGCGGAAACCGCUGAAGACCGCGGGGCACCAUCAUCGCUUGCUUCUCUCGGCUCUCGGCAUGCUUCCAACGCUUCCGCAAUCCCCGUCCGCCAGGCGUCUCUCAAACAGCCACGCGGCACCUCGCGAAAUGUUGCUCAGCGAUCCGCGUCUGAAGCGCCGUCGUCUCGAGUGUCCCAUGACCGCGGCCAAAGUGCCUUUCAGUGUGCACAGUCUAACUCUUUGGGGGGUCUGGAACAUGGCCAUCCUGCCGGAGCUCGGUGUCGAUCUGUCAGCGUUGCCUCGGGUACUUCUCCUUCCCAUCAGCAAGGCCAAACCGCCCGUCUGCAGAGCAAUGCACCAUCGGAACCUCCCCUGUACAUUCCUGUGACCUCAACGACGCGAUCCUACGUCGGCCCCGUUCGCGAAGUGAAAGGUCUGAUCAGCGGAGUUGGAAAAACUGACCUUUCGCGCCCCGGCCCCCACUCCCAGGUGCCUCAGGACUAUGUGGAAGUCGUCAACUCCCGGCAAACGCAGUACCACGGGGUUCCUCCCACUUUCCGCAUGCAGACAAGCGGAGAUGAAGACGAAAGCAAAACAUACGAAGCAGCUGGCCUUCAUGCACCGGUGGUUGCCGGACCACCGGGACGGACACUGUCACAAGUUUACGGAACGCGCAUGGCUUCGAACGGAACCGUCCACAAACUCCCUGCGAUUUUUCUCCAGCCUGUGAUCGAUUCAGCUGAGUCCACAGACAAGGCGACUGCGGCCUCUGUCCCGGACACUCCAGCAAAAGGUGUGACCUACAAACUCGGCCAGUACGUCUGGAGUGAGGAGGACAUCAAAUUGGGAACCGCGGGGAAACCAGACCCUCCCCUGGAUCCGCUCGUGAGAUCCAUUUGCUCCGGCGCAAUCUUCCCGCAGGUUGUCGGCCCAGAAGAGCAGGAGAAGAACACGAGUGAAACGCAGGAGGCUGGCUUACAAGCAAGCGCGGAGACCGCAGAUCGAAACGUCCUGGAAGAAUCCCCCGCCACGGCACUUACCAUUGAGGACUUGGGUAUCCCGUCCAUCGUGGAGCUCUGCAAGAAGAAGCGAGCAGAGCUGGAGAAGCUGAACGACGAUUGCGUGAGGAUUCGGGAUGACACCGUGAACACCGACAGUUUGAGCAACAAGGGAGGCCGUGGCGGAGUCUGCUCUGCUCGCGCCGUUCCCAAGGGCUCCGUCGUCUUUGUCGAGUUACCUCUCAUCACUGCGGAUGUGAGUGCCAAUGGCCUCUGGCCCGCGUUCCAGAGCCUCACAGACGAGCAGAAGGCUUUGCUAGAAACUCUCGAAGGAAGCGCCGCAGAUCUGUCCAAUGUCGAGUCUCUGACUUGCACGAUCCGAUGCAAACAGGCGAACAAGCUGAAGUCCGCAGGAGCUUACCAGGACUUCUUUGGAAAAAUGAAGCUGAACGCUCACGCCCUGACUCGAGGACGCGGAUGGGCGUUGUACCCCCGUGCUGCUCGUAUCAAACACUCGUGCCGGCCGAACGUGACUUACCGGAAUCUCGACGGAUUGCUGGUGGUUUUUGCCCUCGAAGACAUUGCAGAGGGCGCCCCGAUCACAAUGAGUUACAUCGACCAACUGUACAUGCCGACGGAGGAGCGACGCAAGCGGGUGAUGGCGACGAAACGCAUCUUCUGCCAGUGCAUGCGCUGCACAGACGUCUGUCAGAAAGAACGAAAGAUUCUGUGCCCGGAGUGCCGCCCGGAAAAGAUUCGCUUUACGGAGGAGCGGGAGGCCCAGGAAGCCGCCCAGGCUGCCCGCGUCGCUGCCGUUGCUCCGCCGGCCCUCCCGACAGUACCCGAAGCGGACCAGGAAGCUCUGGAGGAUCAAAGAGGCGCCAGUGCGAACGACGAGGCCUCAGAAUGUGGCACUGCGGAGGAGAGUCGACCUAGCCUGCAGAGCGGAUUGUCCUUCGAGGGCUCGUGCAACAGCUCCGACUACGAAGGGAGCGUGGAAGAAAAGUCGUUGGACUGCUGCUCCUCUGACUGCGUCUCUUCCAGCGACGGCGAAGAAGAGGCGCAUUGCCAGGAGGUGGAGGCAGCCGUAAACAACGCAGGCAGCCACGGAAACGAGGAGACAGCCAGCAAUGCAGACAACUCGAGGCUCGAGACCAGCCAAGACAGCACAACGGCAUCGCCUUCGUCGAGCGAGACCGAGUCGCGAGUCGAUAAGGCCAGCUCGAAAGGUGGAAAGAACGCGAAGAUCAGCACUAUGUUUCUGAGCCUGACGUCGUCAGAAACCAUGGCUAGUGCGAGGAACGAUGCCUUGACGGGCUGCAACAAGGACAACUGGAGCAGCGACUCCGAGGCAGGGCAGACUGGGAGCGUCGCCGGGGAUGCCGACGACGUGGAUCCGCAGACCGAAGCACGCGAGCUUUAUGAUCGCCUCACUGAAGCAGGCAUGCCGAGGAACUACUGCGUCUACGAGGGCGAGGACUGCUGGCACUGCUACACCUGCCAGAAGACGUUCCGCGACGAAGAGCUGCCGACUGGAAUGGAGCGCUAUUUGGUGGGUAAAUUCGCCGUGCUUCGGGAGAAAUUCGGGCGUCCGUGCCCGAUGGAGUGGAGUGACGAAUGUGGAAAGCUCCUGAGAACCGUUGAGAAGGUCCUCGGAGCUGAACAUUGGCUGUACGCUGCAGGUCAGUUGUUGCUGGCGCAGCUGUGCCUCGGCAUGUGGGUGGGCGGCCUCGUUAUGGAUGACAUUUUCUCAAGGGCCGCGGCUCAUGCGACAGCCUUCCUCGAAUUCGCGAACCGUUCCGUACCCGAGGCGCUGUCCACCGACGCAGCGCCUCUCUUGGUGGCCCUGCUGCGCAUUCAACUCUUCAGCGGAAAAGGAAAAGACUUCGUGGACACGGUCGAGCGCCACAGCGUCCUAAACACCAUCCGCGAUGGCUUGGGAAAGUGGGACGAAGUGUAUACGUCGUUCGCCAGCGCCUACCUGUAUUUGAAGAAGGAUGCAGACCAAAAGGACGAGCAACCGAGUCUCGCAAUGCUCCAACGAUUCGCCCACGCUUCCCAGUACACGUCAGCCCUCGAUGCUCAGUACUACGAGACACUCGAGCGGGAGAAGUUGGCAAUGGUCGAGGAAGUCAAGCGCACGGCCCGCCAGAGAGAAGAAGAAGCGCGUCUCAGAGCUGAGGCUCGACAGCGGCGCAUCGUGGAGGUGAAGAAGAACAUCGCAGCUCUGAAGGCUGCCGAAACUCUUGUCGCCGCCGACGGAACGAUGCUGCAGGUCACGGACGUCACGAUGACUCAUCCUGAUGGAAUCGUCCAGAAGUUUUUGAGGAACAACGCCUUGUGCGAUCACGACCAAGAGGCGGCUCGUGAAAGUCGGCUCGUCAAAGCAGACGGCACAGCAGCUCUGGCGUCCGGCGACGGCAAGGCCUCCUUUAUUUCCAGUGCUGAGCAAGCAGCUGCGGCGGCAUACGAGGACGCGAAACGCCUGCAGCAGCUGGCCGUCGAGGGGCGCUACUCCAACGGUGUUUCUGCGAUUGCCGGUGUGCCAGGCUCCCAGAAUGGCACCUACUUGCCUUUGCUCAUGUUGGCUGAUCCCCUUCAAACUCGCGCGGAGCGGCGCCAUCAACUGAGGAAGACCAUGCAGCUUCUGGAGCGCGAGCGGAAGAAGCGCGAACAGAUUCUCGAAGCUCUCGAACAGGGCAAGGAAGAGGUGGUCGCUUCAGAGCUCGACUUUGAAGAAGACGAGAGCGAGGUUGGAGACACGCCCGAGCCUGAGGCGGAGGAGGAAGAGAAGGAACAAGGCUUCAUCUACAGAGUUCCGGGCCUGCACGGGACUGCCCCAGGCGAGUACGUGACAAUCUCUCAGCUGAACCACACAAAAGACGGGAAAUACCCGCCUCUUCCGUUCUUCAAAUCCUUCUUUUACAUUGACCACGAGGCGCGAACUCUCGACAAACGCAACAAGGACGCGAGUGCAGUUACAGUGAUCGGGUGCGGAUCAGGCGGCCCUCCACCUCUCAGCUUUGAUGAACUGGAGGAUAUCGAGGGCGCGAAGAAAAUUUACCUGCAAAAGGAAAACAAGGACUUCUCGGAAGAGCUUCAAGCGCGGGUGAACUACAACUUGGCCCAAAAGACUGCAGAGGCCGCAGCUGCACUUCGAGCGUCCCAGGCAAAGAGAACCGGAAAGGUCUCGAGCUUCUUCUGGGGAUCCAACCAAACUGAGGAACUGGAGGAAGCGCCCCGACUCCUUGCCGGCGAGAGCCUCCGAGAGAGACAGCGAAACGACACGGCUGCUCUGUUGGAAGCGACGAAUGAGGCCGUUCGGGAAAUGGCUCUUCAUGAGGCUGACACGCAGCGUCGCAUCCAGCAAUUCCGGGAGGAGACGCGCGCGCGGUUCGAGAAGGGCAGACAGGAAGUCGUCGGUCAUCAUGACGUGGCGCAUGCACAUCACGAUAACCAUGAGAUUGUGUUCGAGAUGGCGUCGCCUGGCGAAGACCAGGCUCUGCCGUCCGGCGUAGCGGAAGGAAAGGUUCUCCCGCUCUUCCCACAUCAAAAGGUCAGCUACCGAGUUGAUGAUGGCCGAGACAUCGAACAAAUCAGGAACAAUGUUGAUGUGAAUGUCUCUGCUGAUCUCGAUCGGAAAACCGUUUGGGCGGUCCAACCCCUUGAACACAGUCCGCAAAUGACAGAGGAAUCUGAACGUCCCGUCGCACAGCCUGUCCAGAUCGAAGCAGAAAAACCAGCUGCUGCCGAAGCGGAGGAACCUUUCCGCUUUGAUGCACCUCUUCCAGAUGGACAAGGACUGGCGCUGAAGCUGAAACCUCUCGAUUUCUCUCAUGUUCCCCCUCCGCCUCCUUUGGUCACCUUGCCUUCCGAUAGGAGGUUCCAGCCGUUUGACCCCAGCGUUUUCUCGCACUCUCAAUACAAGAUGGUCUUCCGACAGGGUCUCCCAUGAUUUCGCCGAUCGAACUAGUUGUACCCCCUCCGGAGAGUUUCGACAGUGCUUCGGUGCACUAUCUUCCUAUGAUGAAGGGAUUUCUCAACAGGUAUAUCCCCCGGCACACGCCGGGGCUAUUCGGAAUGAAUAUGCAAUCUUUUGAUAACUUGAGGGAAUGUACAAGAUGAGAAACUCGCAUUGAUGCUUCUGUCGAAGAACGCUGCAAGCACUGUUUCCUGGCACAAGCAUGAGAAGCCCAAAGAACGGAUGGUUGGAGCGGUUUCCUUUGUGGCUCCGUGCAUGUGAUAAUUCAUUGUCGUGCUUCGUGCCUUGUGGAAUAUAGACGACGCAUCUGAUAUUCAUUUUUUACGAUGCGUGUGAACAUGUAACGUGGCAAGUAUAUCCAUUUGCCGUACUUAGUUCACGCAUAGACUCUCUGGAUCAAGUAGGCUCGUUCGAUGCUGGAAACACUGGUGGGCGUUAAGGCAUCAUGUCCACUGAAGUGGUCACGAGCCAAUAAAGUGUCAGUUUGAAUAUAUAUCCGCUGGGGUGUUCGAUCCAUGAGAAGUAACCUGCAUAUUCUAAGGGUCAGCGUUGCAUGGUGAUUCCAUGUAAAGAGACGAGUUUUAGUGGGGCUGCUACGUGUCAGGGCGGCAGAAAGAUCGCUUUUCACCACGGCCGAGUCUAUCCACAUGCUUUGGGCAUUCCAGACUUCGGAGUUGAUGUGCUUCCUUUGUUGCCCAGCACGAAUGGUUUUCAUUGGGAGUCAUGAAAGGCUGCUGACGGGUGGCUCUGAGCUCUGUUGUUGGUUUCACCUUUUUUGUAUCAAUAAUGCAGCCAGUUUAUCAGCCACCUACGCGGCAGGUGUGAGAACCGUACGACUUCAUUAAAGAAGCCGAGCAGUGUUUUUAAUAUUGCGGGAAUCUUUGGGUGUCUACUGCAGCGAACCGGAUUAAACCUGGCCCGGUAUGUGCGAUCUCAGCGGAGAAUCGUGGAUACUUUUACGUGGCGUCGCGUGUGUGCUUCUUUCUGUUAAACACUUAGUCACGAGGGGCGAGCGCGUUGAUCAACUACUCAACCAAACGCCCAAUUUUUUGUAGCAGGACCAUGUUCGCGUACGUGUAGCGAUUCCCGGGUGUCCUUCUGUGUAGGCCACGCAGGUGGUCACAUGCCGCACCUUUGCUUUCGUGAUCUCGUGCAAGAGUGUUUAGGUCUUUAUGUAUUCGGCGGCCCAAUCACUCUGAGAUUAGCAUCUUCAGAUUCAGUCGGAUUCCAUCACGAAAAUGUGGCGUCUACUUUCGCACAAAUGGACUGGACGAACCAGCAGAAAGAAACUUCCUGUUUAGCCGCGAAGGGUCGGGGGCAGUGUGUGAAGAGAAAAAUUUUCUUCAACCAUCUCUCUGUGUGUAUAUUUAUAUCGAUCCUACAUUUAUGUUCAGGUUACUACCCAGGCAACACACGUAACGAAGCAUAUUGAGACAGCAAUUCCGUAACUGAACCCAAAUUUGCGCUAAAUGGCAAU